AAUAAAUACAAAAUAAUAUUUCAUGUUUUUAGCUUUUUAGUCGCAGUCAGUGGUAAAAAUAGAUCUGCAUUGCGAAGAAAUUAUGAAAGUGAAAGGAAAGAUCAUACCAAGCCGCGUCAUUUAUAUCGAGCCGUUACCGCCAAAUUAUCAUAAAAUUAACAGCGUCGAAGAAGACUAUGCCAAUCAACCAGACGACUCUGAUAUCAAUGACAAUAUUAUGAAACUAUCUUAUACCAAAAAAGAUGAUCAGAACUGCUGGAUGUCACUAAAUGCUAAACAAUAUUUUGAGAUCAUGGGUGAAUUUGAAGAGCACUACGAGAAAAUUAGAAGUAACUAUCACAAACAAGUAGGGGCGAAGCUUGAUAAAGAAAUGCUUCAAGCCAUGUUGGAGAUCAGAGGCAUGGCGGAGCGCGAGAUUCACAAAGCAAAAGGAAACAUCAAUCUAAUACCAGCAGGACUCAAUUUAGGCGGCUACUGUAUGAUGAGGAUGAAGGACUCCAUUCUCUUCUUCCACCGAAUGAAACUACGCAACGAUACGCAUUUCCGUAUAAACUUCCUGCAAAACGACUUGCACGACAUGUCGCUAACAGUGCGCCUGUCCUUGCACGACCUCCAUUUAGUGGGCGCUUACGAGAGGUCACCGACAGAUAAGGACCCUUCCAUCCUGUUCUACGCGCCCUCUUAUGGGGAAAUCGAAUUUUUGCUGAAAAACGUGAAUUAUAAAAUGGAAGGCCGGCUUCGCUUGUUAAAAGACAGAUUGAUUAUUGAAUUGGUGAUUUCCGAAUUGUUAAUUGAAGAUAUCCUGAUGACAUACUUUAAUAAAGAACUUCCUGGAAAACCAUUAAGGCUUCGCAAAGAAAAUUUAGAGGAUUUCCUAGAUAGACUGAAGACCGAUCUUGACAAAUGGUUAAAAGACUAUUUCAACGACUAUCUAAUGUAUUCUACUGCUUUGAGUUCGCCUAAUCAACGCUUUUUAGAAGCUGAACAGGAACGAACGAUGCUUCUCAACGAAUACGCAGAUGGAGCAUUAGAAGUAAUUAAAAACAGAAUCCUAAGAUUUAGCGGAAACCUGAUCAAAAUACCCACAUUCACGAUUUAUGGGGCAACUAGAAUGUUAAUAAGAUUAAAGGACGGCCACCUGAGAGGUCUGGACAGUUUGUACCGACGCUCAGUCGCUACGGGGCAUGACGCAGGCAAAGUUCGAAAAGUAGACUUCAUUGUGGGCUUCAGUAAUUUAAAGGUGGUUUACAAAUAUGAAGCAGUAUUGCCUACAGAUACACCACCCAUAUCCGGACUUUUGAUAUUAUCAGCUGACGAACUGACAGCUCGUCUUGGUCUGUCGUUGGUCGAAGAUCCAGAAGCUGUAGAUAUAGACAUUGACUUCAUACAGCAAAUGAAGCCAGAAUCAUUAACUGUGGAAGGGCCGGCUAACAGAAUGAUCGCGAACUUUAAGCAUUUGCUCGAACAUCACAUCAUUGCAAUUAUGUCGAACACUUUAAUUCACAGUAUUAAGAAGCUGAGAAGUUUACCUAAAUGCGAACCUCAGCUGUUCCAAUAUAUUGAACUAGACAGGAAAGAACAUAAUGUUGUGCUAAAUAGCAGUGAACCCGGCGAUAUUGUGAAAAUAAUACCCAGUAUUGUAGCGAAUGAUAAUACACAAGUUUUACAUGGUAACGAACAAGAAACAGACGAUGACGUUCAAUCUGAUAGCCAUGGUUCCUCAAUUCACUUUGAUAGUAUUGUGUCAGAUCACAUGGAAAUUAAAGGAAGCCCUCUAGAAAUAUCUUCUGACGAUGAAACAAGCGACGAUAACUAUCUUAGAAGACAUCAUAAAAUUUUAGCAAAACAGAAAAAGAUUAAAGAAAUUAAAAAAUUACCUAUCUCGAAAAAUAAAAAAACAUGAAGUAGCAGUGAAAUAUGAAGUGCAAACUUAAUAAAAAGGCAUAUUAAAACUGAAAAAAAAA